UGUGACAUUGUGGAGAGUGUGAGCCAAUCAGAGAGCUCGGUUGUUGACCAAUCACAUUCAAGCUGCCACGCGGGACAAACAUGGAGGGCACCAAACUAGGCAACAAGAACUGCAUCACUUUAAAAGGCUCUGCACAACAUGUGUCGGAAUUUUUCUACUUUGGUAUCAAUAGCAUCCUGUACCAGCGAGGUAUAUAUCCUCAGGAAUCAUUCACUUGCAAGCAAAAGUAUGGUUUGACCCUCUUAACCAUCACAGAUGAUGGUGUCAAAGAUUUCCUGGAUAAAACCCUGACACAAAUCAAAGACUGGCUGGAGGCUGGGGAGGUGGAGAGGCUGGUACUGGUGCUGACCAAUGUUGACACAAAGGAGGUUAUAGAGAGGUGGGACUUCACUGUUCAACAUGAACCUGGCUUUGCUCCACUGUCUAUCAAAGAGGGCAAAGUUGGAGAGAAAGACCUGAAAGUGAUCCAGAAUGAGAUGCGAGAUGUGAUCCGUCAGAUAACUGCUUGUGUCACCUUCUUGCCUCUGCUUGAUUGUGUGUGUGCAUUCGACUUAUUGGUUUAUACCUAUCAAAGUGCUGAUGUGCCAGAAAAGUGGGCAGAGUCUGCUCCCUGCUUCAUUGCUAACUCGCAAGAAGUUCGUUUGAAGUCAUUUUCUACCUCUGUCCACAAAGUCGAAGCAUGUGUUAGCUACAAAACUGAUGCAUGAAAAUUGUAGGGAUCUUAUGAGAGAUGAACAAGUCAUUGGCUACCUUCUUCCAUCACACUGUCCAGUUUUAUGAAAUAAGUUAAUGCCAUUUAUUAUGCAGAUAAUUCACUGUAGUGCAGCAGCUUAUAUUUAGGUAAUAUAGUGCACCUAAUGGUGAUUUUUUUAAAAAAUUAAGUAUGUGGGUAACUUUCCAAAUUUGUUCCCAUUAUGUAGGUUUUUACUUCAGUAAUAUACAAGAUUUAUCUUUUAUGUAAACUUCCAAAUACACAUUGUGAUGGCUAAACUGCAUUUCUAUAGUAGUAUUGCUUUUGCCUUCCAGCUUCCUUGAUCAUACAGAAAGAUCAUCUCGGUGUCCCAUCUAGCUUUUGGUAUGUGAAGUGAAGAGUUUAAAUACGCAGAUGAUUCAGCAUAGCGCAGCCUAUAUAGGCAACAUUAGGCACUGCCUGGUGAUAUUUUUGAAAGAACUAGGAAUGUGUGGUAUAUUGUUUAAUACAGUGUCAGUUUCUUACCAAGAUAAUGAUGCCAAAGAAAUAAACAUUCACCAUUGCUCAUUCCCCAGAAGUGCAUGGACAUCCCAGUUUACAUGACCUUUUCGAGUUGCAACACUGUCACCCAUCCUUCAAUGUGCAGGCACUGUACUUCCCACCUCUGGGAUGUGUGGGGUUAGCAAGUUUUCCUGAGUCUGUUAAAGUUCACCUAAAUUUUGUCUCGAGUUUCAAACAGUACCUCGAGUUUCGGCCGCCAUACCAGACCUGACCGCCUGCUCGUGCCCAAAAUAAACCAUCCCACGCAUGUGUUGUGAGUCAGUCUGGCUUUGUUCCUCCUCGAGUGAAGAUUACUCUGCGCGUUCAUCCAAACAUUUCACAAUAAUCCAUUGUUUUUUGUGCUUGUUGAUUGAGUACGACUGCUAUAUAAUUAACCAUGGGCCCAAAGAAACUUCCUAGUGCCAGCCCUUCGGUAAAGAAAGUGAGAAACACUAUAGAAUUGAAGAAAGAAAUUGUAGAAAAAUAUGAAAGUGGUGUGCGUGUGCUCGAGCUUGCCAGGAUGUAUGGCAAAAACAAAUCAACCAUCAGUUCCAUCUUGGCGAAGAAAAAAGAAAUCAAGGAAGCUGAUGUUGCGAAAGGGGUAACUAUGCUUACGAAAAAUAGAUCACAAACAGUCGAAGAUGUUGAGAAGUUGUUGUUGGUGUGGAUCAACAAUAAACAGUUAGCGGGAGAUAGUGUUUCGGAGACGAUCAUUUGUGAAAAGGCGAGGCAGUUGCACACAAAUCUCGUGAUGAAAAUGCCUGGAACAAGUGCUGCUGUUAGUGAAUUUAAGGCCAGCAGAGGCUGGUUCGACAGAUUCAAGAAGCGUAGUGGCAUACACAAUGUUGUAAGGCAUAGCAAGGCUGCAAGUUCAGACAAACAUGCAGCUGAAAAAUUCGUUCAUAAAUUCAAGGACUAUGUAGAGGCUGAAGGAUUCAUCCCCCAACAAGUGUUCAGUUGUGAUGAAACAGGCCUCUUUGGGAAGAAAAGGCCAAAGAGGACCUACAUCACGCAGGAGGAAGAGAGAGGGGGAAAUGUGCCUUCUUCAGUGAUUAAGGACAUGUGUGCAAAGUGGAAUGAGCUGCAAAAUUUUGUGGAGAAAUAUCAUCCUAACAAAGCUGUUGCAAGCUAUGUCUGCAACAUGUUCAAUGACAAUGCCUUGUCCCAUUUUAGGCAAAUCUUAAAGAGACGCCAGAAACAGAUCUCUCUGGACAGUUUUUUUGUGCGACAGGGGUCCAGCGACUCUCAAGCUGGUCCUAGUGCCUGUAAAAGGCAAAGAAGGGCUUUGAUACCUGAAGUCUUUAGGGUGGGGGAUUACCCUUCCAAACAAUAAUAAGUCCUUCCUCUCUCUCUUCUCUGUCUUCCAUACACCAAGAAGAGUCUUCAAUAAAGGUAUGUAAAUGUGAUUUUAAAUGUUUAUUAAUUGUUUUAUGUUUGUAAAACUAUAGUUAUUCUUUAAAAAAUGUAUUUUUUUUAAUACUUUUGGGUGUCUGGAAUGGAUUAAUUGGAUUUACAUUAUUUCUUAUGGGUAAUAUUGCUUUGACUUUCGAACAAUUUGAGUUUCGGCCGAGCUUCUGGAACGGAUUAUGGCCGAAACUCGAGGUUCCACUGUACUUGGAGUUUUUGUAACUAAAAAUAUGACCUUCCAUCUGUAUCAAUUGUCCAUGAGUACAAUUUAUAGCUUUGCUUCCAUCAUACAUGAAGAGUAUUAUAUCCUGUAGAUUGCUGAUAUUCAGUGAGUAAACAUAUGUAAGGGAUCAACAUCUGAACUUUAUCCAGUUUCUUAUUAGACUUGUGUAUUUUGCUUUAGAAACUACAGUACUUCAUUUUGCUAUGAAGUUGGCUAUAUUGAGUCAAAGCAAAUUUACGUCAAAAAAGGAUUUAUUCCUUUGAAGUGGUUUAGAUGCGAGAUGUCUGCAUAUCUUAUGGCUUUGUUCCAUUUUUUUUUUUAAAAUUACUGGGACAAGCUCUGUUGGAAUGUGAGCAAGGUAACUUAUGAAAGGUUCAAGCAAACCAGUUAGCUAAACUGGAGUUCUGGAGGUGGGAAGGGCAGUGACUGCACUCUAAAACGAGGGGUGGGGAUGUUGAGGCCAGAGGGUAAUCUGAAUCAUGAUGUCAACACACUUCUGGCAAGACAGCAAGUUAAUGAAUGGUGGCGAGUGUUUUCUUGUUUGGCUCGCCCUGCCUUGACAGAUGCCUAAAGUAAAAAAUAAUAUUGUGCUGUGGAAAAUAGUACAGUACUCUCACAUUGAAACUUGUUGGUAUGUAUGUGCAUUGCAGCAUGGGAAGUGUACAGCAAAUGGCACCACUUAAUUGAAACUUUUGGGCACUAAAGGUAGUUUGAAAUUGAGAUGAGAAAAGUGAGAGGGAUACCAUCAGUGGUGUCCCACAAGGAUUACUAAUUAACCAACUAGUGUUUCUAAUAUAAAUUAUUUUUCAGAAAGAAAAAUAUUAAUAUGUUUGUUGACUACCAAAACCCUUCAAAAAGUAAGCUUUACAAAGACUGGAAACAAUAGCAAAAGUUGGAUGAUGGAAUAUAACAUAGAAUAAUGCCACGUAUAAUAUUAGAAAUUGGAGAAACUGAAAACACGACACUUAGGUCAUUGCUCCCAUGACUAUUUCCUGUGGGGUUGUGUUGAGUAAGACUUCCCUGUAUUCUUGCAUUUGGCCAGUGGAGAUAUGUUUUAUCAUAUUGAUUGUCUUGGAGGCAAGAUAGGAAGCAUAGAUUACUACUUGCAGAGAUAUAAAGUAUUCUAUAUUAGGAUUUUAUCUUUUGCAUGCAUUCCUGCACACCAUUUAACUGACCAUUUUACAUUCUGCAAAUCCUUGAUUUAGCUGUAGAGAAAGCAGUUUAUCCAGAAUACUUCUUUUAGUGCUCUGGUAGCUUUAAGUUAGUGUUCAGCUUUUUGGUAAAAUUGGUAUCAUAAGUAUGGGAUGUGAGAAUCAAUUUUUUUUUUUUUUUUUUUUCAACAAGUCGGCCGUCUCCCACCGAGGCAGGGUGACCCAAAAAAGAAAGAAAAUCCCCAAAAAGAAAAUACUUUCAUCAUCAUUCAACACUUUCACCACACUCGCACAUUAUCACUGUUUUUGCAGAGGUGCUCAGAAUACAACAGUCUAGAAGCAUACACAUAUAAAGAUACACAACAUAUCCCUCCAAACUGCCAAUAUCCCAAACCCCUCCUUUAAAGUGCAGGCAUUGUACUUCCCAUUUCCAGGACUCAAGUCCGACUAUAUGAAAAUAACCGGUUUCCCUGAAUCCCUUCACUAAAUAUUACCCUGCUCACACUCCAACAGAUCGUCAGGUCCCAAGUACCAUUCGUCUCCAUUCACUCCUAUCUAACACGCUCACACACGCUUGCUGGAAGUCCAAGCCCCUUACCCACAAAACCUCCUUUACCCCCUCUCUCCAACCCUUUCGAGGACGACCCCUACCCCGCCUUCCUUCCCCUAUAGAUUUAUAUGCUUUCCAUGUCAUUCUACUUUGAUCCAUUCUCUCUAAAUGACCAAACCACCUCAACAACCCCUCUUCUGCCCUCUGACUAAUACUUUUAUUAACUCCACACCUUCUCCUAGUUUCCACACUCUGAAUUUUCUGCAUAAUAUUUACACCACACAUUGCCCUUAAACAGGACAUCUCCACUGCCUCCAACCGUCUCCUCGCUGCUGCAUUUACCACCCAAGCUUCACACCCAUAUAAGAGUGUUGGUACUACUAUACUUUCAUACAUUCCCUUCUUUGCCUCCAUAGAUAACGUUUUUUGACUCCACAUAUACCUCAACGCACCACUCACCUUUUUUCCCUCAUCAAUUCUAUGAUUAACCUCAUCCUUCAUAAAUCCAUCCGCCGACACGUCAACUCCCAAGUAUCUGAAAACAUUCACUUCUUCCAUACUCCUCCUCCCCAAUUUGAUAUCCAAUUUUUCUUUAUCUAAAUCAUUUGACACCCUCAUCACCUUACUCUUUUCUAUGUUCACUUUCAACUUUCUACCUUUACACACAUUCCCAAACUCAUCCACUAACCUUUGCAGUUUUUCUUUAGAAUCUCCCAUAAGCACAGUAUCAUCAGCAAAAAGUAACUGUGUCAAUUCCCAUUUUGAAUUUGAUUCCCCAUAAUUUAAUCCCACCCCUCUCCCAAACACCCUAGCAUUUACUUCCUUUAUAACCCCAUCUAUAAAUAUAUUAAACAACCAUGGUGACAUUACACAUCCCUGUCUAAGACCUACUUUUACUGGGAAGUAGUCUCCCUCUCUUCUACACACCCUAACCUGAGCCUCACUAUCCUCAUAAAAACUCUUUACAGCAUUUAAUAACUUACCACCUAUUCCAUAUACUUGCAACAUCUGCCACAUUGCUCCUCUAUCCACUCUAUCAUAUGCCUUUUCUAAAUCCAUAAAUGCAAUAAAAACUUCCCUAUCUUUAUCUAAAUACUGUUCACAUAUAUGCUUCAAUGUAAACACCUGAUCUACACAUCCCCUACCCACUCUAAAACCUCCUUGCUCAUCCGCAAUCCUACAUUCUGUCUUACCUCUAAUUCUUUCAAUUAUAACCCUACCGUACACUUUUCCUGGUAUACUCAGUAAGCUUAUUCCUCUAUAAUUUUUACAGUCUCUUUUGUCCCCUUUCCCUUUAUAUAAAGGGACUAUACAUGCUCUCUGCCAAUCCCUAGGUACCUUCCCCUCUUUCAUACAUUUAUUAAACAAAAGUACCAACCACUCCAACACUAUAUCCCCCCCUGCUUUUAACAUUUCUGUCAUGAUCCCAUCAGUUCCAGCUGCUUUACCCCCUUUCAUUUUACGUAAUGCCUCACGUACCUCCCCCACACUUACAUUCUGCUCUUCUUCACUCCUAAAAGAUGGUAUACCUCCCUGACCAGUGCAUGAAAUUACUGCCUCUCUUUCUUCCUUAACAUUUAAAAGUUCCUCAAAAUAUUCUCGCCAUCUACCCAAUACCUCCAUCUCCCCAUCUACUAACUCCCCUACUCUGUUUUUAACUGACAAAUCCAUAUUUUCCCUAGGCUUUCUUAACUUGUUUAACUCACUCCAAAAUUUUUUCUUAUUUUCAUUAAAAUUUCUUGACAGUGCCUCUCCCACUCUAUCAUCUGCUCUCCUUUUGCACUCUCUCACCACUCUCUUUACCUUUCUUUUACUCUCCAUAUACUCUGCUCUUCUUAUAACACUUCUGCUUUGUAAAAACCUCUCAUAAGCUACCUUUUUCUCUUUUAUCACACCCUUUACUUCAUCAUUCCACCAAUCACUCCUCUUUCCUCCUGCCCCCACCCUCCUAUAACCACAAACUUCUGCCCCACAUUCUAAUACUGCAUUUUUAAAACUAUUCCAACCCUCUUCAACCCCCCCACUACUCAUCUUUGCACUAGCCCACCUUUCUGCCAAUAGUCGCUUAUAUCUCACCCGAACUUCCUCCUCCCUUAGUUUAUACACUUUCACCUCCCUCUUACUUGUUGUUGCCACCUUCCUCUUUUCCUAUCUACCUCUUACUCUAACUGUAGCUACAACUAAAUAAUGAUCCGAUAUAUCAGUUGCCCCUCUAUAAACAUGUACAUCCUGGAGCCUACCCAUCAACCUUUUAUCCACCAAUACAUAAUCUAAUAAACUACUUUCAUUACGUGCUACAUCAUACCUUGUAUAUUUAUUUAUCCUCUUUUUCAUAAAAUAUGUAUUACUUAUUACCAAAUUUCUUAAUCAUUUGCAAUAUAUAUAACAGGACUUGGGUUAACUCACUCACAACUACAAACCUACAUAAUAUUACUUGCAGGAUUUUUUGUUUGAGCAUUCCCUCCCUUGGAUUGAAUCUGAUUGCCUCUCAUUUCCUUUGUGCUUUAUGAUCCCUGUUUGUUUACCAUUUCCCAAGAUGAUUAUUAUAAUGAUGAUUUUGUAGGUCUGCUGCAAUAAUAAUAAUAUCUUUAUUUCUACAAGUACAUGUAUAAGGUAUACAGGCUUAGCUGACAUCAAUGACAUACAUACUGCUACUGUAUAUAUUAUUAUUAUUAUUAUUAUUUUUUUUUUUUUUUUUUUUUUUCUCAACAAGUCGGCCGUCUCCCACCGAGGCAGGGUGACCCAAAAAAGAAAGAAAAUCCCCAAAAAUAAAAUACUUUCAUCAUCAUUCAACACUUUCACCACACUCGCACAUUAUCACUGUUUUUGCAGAGGUGCUCAGAAUACAAUAUUAUUAUUAUUAUAAUCAAAAAGAAGCGCUAAGCCACAAGGGCUAUACAGCGCUGACUACUGUAUAUGGAAAGCCACUUGUCAUGCAGAGCAUUUCGGGCAAAUUAGGUCAGUUUUGUCCCCGGAUGCAAAACAUACCAGUCGACUAACGCCCAGGUACCCAUUUUAUACUGAUGGGUGAACAUGGACAGCAGGUGUCUCAUGGAAACAUGUCCUAAUGUUUUCCAGCCGUACUGGGGAUUCAGUCUCCGGACCUCAGUGUGUGAGCUGAGUGCGCUAGCGAUCGAGCUACAGAACACCUAUUAUAGUUCAUAUUAGAUGAAUAUGGAGCUGUUGAGAAUGCAAGCAUUUCGAUAGAUGUGAUGCUUAUUAUUUUCCAAGUAAAAUUUUCUUGUCUAUUUAAAUAGAGGCAGGGUAAUCUGUGCUCCCACAGCUCUUGUUUAUUCAGUUUAAUGAAUGUAAUGUUCCAGUUCUGACAAUCUUUCACACCAGUAAUUUUGUUAAAACCUAGCUUAUUGUAGGGAUUUUAUUUGUAUUUUACCAGUAUGUGCAACAAAGAAGUCAUUCAACGCCUGUUCAUUUUGAUUUUGUAGGAUAAUUGUUUUUUCUCAACAUACAAGCUGUGUCCUGCUAAGGUAGGGUGGCUCACCCCCAACCUGCAAAAAUGGAUAUACAUUCACCAUCAUUUAUUCAAUCAUUGUCUUCCCAGAAGUGUGCUGACAUCACAGUUCAAGUGACCCUCUGUACAACAUCCUCACCUUCAGUAUUAAGUCACUGUACUUCCCAUCUCCAGGACUCGGGUUUGGCUAACUAGUUUCCCUGAAUCCCUUCGUAUAAAUGUUAAGUGUGUUGAGGCAUCUGUAAAAAGUAGUUCACGGAGACAAAAAUUGGAAUGCAUCGAGUAUACGAGUAUCAUCACUUGUACGGAUGUAAGGCAUGGACUUUAGACAUUACAGCAAGGAAACAGCUGGAGGCAGUGGAGAUGUGGUUGAGAGCAACGUGUGGUGCGAGUAUUAUGCAUUAUUAUUAUAAUCAAGGGGGAAGCGCUAAACCCGGAGGAUUAUACAGCGCCUGGGGGGGGGGAUGUGGAAGGCAUUCAGGCUUAAUUUGGGGAACUGGAGCACAGAUCCCAUUCCCUAAAUCAAGAGCCCCUCACCAACAUCAAGGAACCUUCCUUGAGGGGCGAGUAUUAUGCAGAGAUUAGAAGACUGUAUGAGAUUGCCAAAAGUAUUAUUCAGUUGUUUCAUCGAUUGUAAGUAUGAGUUAAGAUUUCUGCUAGGCUAAGGUAUAAUAUACACAGAUGUGCUGAGUGCAGUAAUUAAUGUUUUCAUAACUAGCAUAUGCUGUUUCAUCUUCAGACUUAUUGAUACUGUAGUAAUCUUGAAAUUUAUUUUUUGUAGUUUGUAUUCAACAUUUAUUAUCUGCAUAAUAUAGAUAUUUUAUACUUUUAAAAUUAUUCCUGAA